CAAGCUGUAAAUGAAACUACCAAUAACUACAAAAUUACUUAUCGAUUACUAGGCGAAUCAAAAUUGUCGUCACUAACCAACAACUUUAUAGGUCAUCUUUGCACUGAAUAGAACCAUUUCGACAUGAUUAUUGUAAUACACUACAAUGAACGCUGGAUGCCACUCUAUACUGCAGGUUACACCUCGUCGGGGAAAAGGGGGAUUUCCUUGCUUUUUUCCCUUGACAGGCGAAUGACAACACCACCACGGCCCUCUUCCUUAAUCGCAGCUGGUUACAACCGCUCUAGAAAACCUCGCUACUAUUCCUGCCGGUGCCAGUGAGGCUAGGUAGCAUACGCAGCUAUCUAGCUAGUUGGCUAGCUAGCAAGUCAAUACAGAAUAAUUUACAUGUAGUUUGUAGCUAGAGAGUACUUCCUUUAUGUGCCACUGGGUGCGACGGGAGGAUGGCAGAUGACAAGGACGUGCUGCGAGAUGUUUGGUUUGGUCGGAUUCCGACCUGCUUCACACUUUACCAGGAUGAGAUCACAGAGAGAGAGGCCGAACCCUUCUAUCUCCUCUUGCCAAGGGUGAGCUACCUGACUCUGGUCACAGACAAGGUGAAAAAGCACUUCCUGAAGGUCAUGAAGSCMGAGGACGUAGAGGAGAUGUGGUUUGAUUUCGAGGGAACCUCACUCAAAUGGCACUAUCCAAUUGGAUUACUGUUUGACCUGCAUGCCUCCAACACUGCCCUGCCCUGGAGCAUCACUGUGCACUUUAAGAAUUUCCCAGAGCGUGACCUGCUCCACUGCCCCUCUAACUCUGUGAUCGAGGCCCACUUCAUGUCCAGCAUCAAGGAGGCGGAUGCACUCAAACACAAGAGCCAGGUCAUCAACGACAUGCAGAAGAAAGACCACAAGCAGCUGUGGAUGGGCCUGCAGAACGAUAAGUUUGACCAGUUCUGGGCCAUGAACCGUAAGCUGAUGGAAUACCCCACAGAGGAGGGAGGCUUUCGCUACAUCCCCUUCAGGAUAUACCUGACGAUGAGUGACAGGCCGUUCAUCCAGAAGUUGUUUCGCCCCAUCUCGCCCGACGGCUACACACACACGCUGGGGGAUCUGCUGAAGGAGGUGUACCCCGUGGCCAUAUCCAACGACGACGAGUCCAAGCACUACCAGGUGGUGAUCCAUGGGAUUGAGCCCCUGCUGGAGACCCCGUUGCAGUGGCUGAGCGAGCACCUCAGUCACCCUGAUAACUUUCUCCACAUCAGCGUCAUACCCACGCCUAGCGACUGACACCUCUGGCAAAGUUUGGUAACACCCGGCAACUGGGAAAGUUGCAAACUCCGAACGGACUCUUUAGAGAGCAGGAAAACCCACGUGACUGGGGGCGAAGAGUGACGCAAUCGCAGUGUGAUGUCAUCUCAUUCAACUUGUCCCAAAAAGGAGCCCACCAGGAGAAAAUGUACCGUUUUCUGUUUUCCUUCUCUUUUCCUCUCCUUCGCACUCCGUCUCUUUUGGACCUUUACCUGUUUGGGGAAAGWUGUUCCGCCCAAAAUGUGGAAGGCCAAACUGAAAGAGAGCUCAUCUGUUUAAAAAGAGAGG